AAUGCCCCGGAGAUUAAAAAUUAAAAAAAAUUAAAACAAAAAGAAAAAACGAAAAAGUAUUUGUUUAAAACGAGAAAAACUAAAAUUAUUUUAAACAAUUAUUCUGUUUUUGUUUUUUUGAAAAAUGGUUUUAAAUUUAAAAUAAUUAUCAGCUAUAUAUAAUGUUGAAGCUAGAGAAACAACACUAGCCAACAUUUCCAUACUCACACUCACACUCACUCCACUUAAAAUUACUGAAAAUGAGCCUGGGCUGUGCCGGCCGGUACACUGAGCCACCGGCUACGGUGCUUCUCUGCCUCACCGUACUUACGCUGUUCCUCUCUUGUACGCGAGUCAUUUCCUGGCGUCCAUGGCCGAACACCGUAGCCAAUGGUUCCGAUCCUCUCUUCGGAAACUCAAAGAAGUACGAAGGCUCAUCGGAGUUCAUCCAUUUGAAAUACCAUAUGGGCCCGGUACUCACAGCCAACAUCACCGUCCACACCAUUUGGUACGGCACGUGGCAGAGGGAACAGAAGAAGAUCAUCCGCGAGUUCAUCAACUCGAUCUCCGCCGUCCAUUCUCGCCACCCUUCCGUCUCCGAAUGGUGGAAAACCGUACGGCUAUACACGGACCAGACCGACGGGAAUGUUUCCGGUACGGUUCGGCUCGGCUCGGAGAAAAACGACCGGUUUUACUCCCACGGUAAAACCCUAACCCGAUUGUCCAUACAAUCGGUGAUCAAAAGCGCCGUGACGGCCAAAACGAAGCCGUUGCCGAUCAAUCCGAAGAGUGGGCUCUACCUGCUGUUGACCUCCGAUGACGUGUACGUCCAGGAUUUCUGCAGGCAGGUAUGCGGGUUCCACUACUUCACUUUCCCUUCAAUCGUCGGUUACACGCUGCCGUACGCUUGGGUUGGGAACUCAGCGAAGCUUUGCCCCGGUGUGUGCGCGUACCCGUUUGCUGUACCGAAUUACAUUCCAGGAUUGAAGCCGUUAAAGUCACCUAACGGUGACGUAGGUGUGGACGGAAUGAUAAGCGUGAUUGGUCACGAAAUUGCUGAGCUGGCCAGCAACCCGCUGGUAAACGCAUGGUACGCUGGGCAGGACCCGAGUUUCCCGGUGGAGAUUGCUGAUCUCUGUGAAGGGAUAUACGGUACUGGAGGUGGAGGUUCGUACACGGGUCAGCUAUUGGACGGUCAUGAUGGCGCAACGUAUAAUAUGAAUGGGAUCAGACGGAGGUUCUUGGUUCAAUGGCUUUGGAACCAUAUGUUGAAUUACUGUACUGGCCCCAAUGCACUGGAUCAGUAAAAAUAAUAAAAAAAAGGUUUUAUAUUCUA